AAAAUCAAUCCAACAAUGAGUUUCUCAAAUAAAGUCGUUAUAGUGACUGGCGCUAGUUCCGGUAUCGGCGCCGCUACAGCGGUGCAGUUCGCUAAAGAAGGUGCUAAGGUGGUGAUAGUUGGCAGGAAUGAGAGUAAGUUGAAGAACGUGGCAGAGCAAUGUGCCCGCAGUGGUAACAAGCCGCUUGUUGUGAAAGCUGACGUAAGUAACGAUGACGAAGUUAAAAGAAUCGUUACUGAAACCAUCAACGAGUUUGGACAAAUAGACGUUUUGGUUAACAACGCUGGCAUGGCUUUCUAUGGUAACAUUCUAAGCGGUGAUAUACUUCAAGCGUAUGAUAAGACUUUGGCUGUGAAUAUGCGAGCUGUUGUUCUUCUUACCAGCUUAGUAGCUCCGCAUCUUGUCAAAACUAAGGGAAAUAUUGUGAAUAUAUCCAGUAUUGCAGGGAAAAAGGCAACAAUGAGUGGAUUCAUACCAUAUGAAGUUUCUAAAGCUGCAUUAGAUCACUUCACUCGUGGUGCUGCUCUUGAGCUGGCUCCUUCAGGAGUGAGAGUGAAUACCGUGAGUCCUGGACCAGUGAGAACUGAUUUUAUAGACAAUAACACAGGCAAAUCAGAAAUAUCCUGGGAUGCUAUGGGUGCCAUUGUUCCCCUAAAAAGGGUAUCUGAUCCUAUAGAAAUUGCUGAAAUUAUUUUAUAUCUAGCAAGCGAGAAGGCAAAAGGUGUAACAGGAUCGGAUUUCGUUUCAGAUAACGGAGGUCUAUUAUAA